CAAUCCGUAUUUGGUUGCGGUUGGAUUUAGUGGACGGUAUUUUCUCGGCUCUGCAAGAGAGAGAAUCUUCGAUGUGGCGGUGCCAUUCGUUUCAUCAGAUUUAUGCAUCACUCCUAAGAUAUUGACCGAGUGCACGGUUUGUUUAGAUGACAUGCCAUGUCUGCCCUAUUCAACUUCCAAAGCCUGCUGGCCGUCGUGCUGCUACUGAUCUGCACCUGCGCCUACGUCCGCUCCAUCUACCCGAGUCUGCUGGAUAGGAACAAGGAAGGGUUCCUCGGCAUCUUUUGGAAAUGUGCACGCAUAGGUGAGAGGAAGAGUCCCUGGGUGGCGGGCUGCUGCAUUGCCAUGGUUCACCAUCCUCUUCUGGACGUGAGGAGUGAGCAUCGCGGACCAGGUGCCCCACCUAACUUCGAAUAAAGAUCACAUGUUUUACUAA